UGUCAUUUCUAAUACAACUCUGUUUGGAUUGCGCAAUGCGAUGCCAACUACUGCAAUUUUUCGUUGCGCUCGGCCAUUUUGGUCCAAGUCACCGUCGUUUGCAUACGUUUUGUGCUUUGUUCUUAAAUUCUUUUCACGAGUCCCUAAUAACACACUUGCUUCAAGAUGGUUAGGGAGAACAAGGCCGCCUGGAAAGCUCAAUACUUCCUUAAAGUUGUCGAACUCUUCGACGAAUAUCCUAAGUGCUUCAUCGUCGGCGCUGACAAUGUCGGCUCAAAGCAAAUGCAAAACAUCCGUACAAGCUUGCGUGGAUUGGGUGUUGUGCUCAUGGGUAAGAAUACUAUGAUGCGCAAAGCCAUCCGUGGUCAUUUGGAGAACAACGCUCAAUUGGAGAAAUUGUUACCACACAUCAAGGGCAAUGUUGGUUUCGUAUUCACCAAGGGCGAUUUGGCUGAAGUUCGUGACAAAUUGCUGGAAUCGAAAGUGCGCGCUCCUGCUCGUGCCGGUGCUAUUGCUCCUUUGCAUGUCAUCAUCCCAGCACAGAACACUGGUUUGGGUCCCGAGAAAACUUCUUUCUUCCAGGCUCUGUCUAUUCCAACCAAGAUUUCAAAGGGUACAAUUGAAAUCAUCAACGAUGUGCCCAUUUUGAAGCCUGGAGAUAAAGUUGGUGCUUCAGAAGCUACUUUGCUUAACAUGUUGAACAUUUCGCCCUUCUCAUACGGUUUGGCUAUCACCCAAGUAUACGACUCGGGCUCCAUUUUCUCACCUGAGAUCUUGGACAUCAAACCCGAAGAUUUGCGUGCCAAAUUCCAAGCUGGCGUUGCCAACUUGGCCGCCGUAUCUCUACAAAUUGGAUACCCAACAAUUGCUUCGGCACCACACAGUGUUGCCAAUGGUUUCAAGAAUCUCUUGGCCAUUGCUGCUGCCACAGAAGUGGACUUCAAGGAAGCCGCUACCAUCAAGGAGUUCAUCAAGGACCCCAGCAAGUUUGUUGCUGCUGCUGCUGCCUCUGCGCCAGCUGCUGGAGCCGCUGUUGCCGAGAAGAAGGAAGAAGCCAAAAAGGAGGAGUCGGAGUCGGAAGAAGACGACGAUAUGGGUUUCGGUCUCUUCGACUAAACAGUUCAACACUAACGUUGAUAUUACGCUUUUCUUUGGUGUACGCAUAUUUGGAUUUUACAAAACAUUUUGGAAAUGUUGGGAGUAUACUGGGAUUUUUUAACGCACGAAUUUGUUUCAGUAAAUUAUUGUCGUGGUCUGACACACCCAAUGGCAAGUUGCUGACUCAAAACGUGUGUUAUCUGAUUCUGUAAGGGAUUCUGAAUAUGUAUAACCGAAUAAAGUUGUAGAAAAAAUAAA